AUGAAAAAUUUUAUCUCACUGGUAAGCAGGAAAAAGACUGGCUUAGAGAAUGGGGAUGAACACCUCCAUGAGUCUUCCAGCGCUAUAACGAACCAAAAAAACGGUUUGAAUACUGAAGAUUUUGAAGAAGGAAAAAAAGACGGUGCUUUUGAAUUGGAUCAUUUGGAGUUCACCACCAGCUCAGCCCGGUUGGGUGAUUCAGAUGGUGAUAAUGAUAAUGAGAUUGAGACGACGAAUGCUGCUGAUGAUGCUAAUGAGGCUAACAGCGAGGAGAAAAGCAUGACUUUAAGGCAAGCCUUGAAACAGUAUCCAAAGGCAGCUUUGUGGUCCAUUUUAGUAUCUACUACCUUGGUUAUGGAGGGUUAUGAUACUGCAUUGCUGAGUGCACUUUAUGCGUUGCCAGUUUUCCAGAGGAAAUUCGGUAGUUUGAGUUCGGAUGGUACUUACGAAAUCAAUUCCCAAUGGCAAAUUGGUUUGAACAUGUGUGUUCUUUGUGGUGAAAUGAUUGGUUUACAAAUAACGGGUUACAUGGUUGAGUGUAUGGGUAAUCGUUAUACAAUGAUUACCGCACUUGGUUUGCUGACUGCUUAUAUUUUUAUCCUCUACUACUGCAGAAGUUUGGCCAUGAUCGCUGUAGGACAAGUUCUCUCAGCUAUGCCAUGGGGGUGUUUCCAGAGUUUGGCUGUUACCUAUGCUUCAGAAGUCUGUCCGCUGGCACUGAGAUAUUACAUGACCAGUUACUCUAACAUUUGUUGGUUGUUUGGUCAAAUUUUCGCCUCGGGUAUCAUGAAGAACUCGCAAGAGAAUUUGGGAGACUCUGAAUUAGGUUACAAGUUACCCUUUGCUUUGCAAUGGAUUUGGCCUGCUCCUUUGAUUGUUGGUAUCUUUUUUGCUCCUGAAUCUCCCUGGUGGUUGGUGAGAAAAAAUAGAGUCGUCGAGGCCAAAAAAUCUUUAAACAGAAUCUUGAGUGGCAAAGGCAUCGAGAAGGAGAUUCAAGUCGAUCUUACCUUAAAGCAAAUCGAAAUGACCAUCGAAAAGGAAAGACGUCUGGAAGCAAAAACAAAAUCAUUCUUUCAUUGCUUCAAAGGGGUCAAUGGAAGGAGAACCAGAAUUGCAUGUUUGACUUGGGUUGCUCAAAACAGUAGUGGUGCCGUUCUACUUGGUUACUCAACUUAUUUCUUCGAAAGAGCAGGAAUGGCCACGGACAAGGCAUUCACUUUUUCCCUUAUUCAGUACUGCCUUGGUUUAGCGGGUACACUUUGCUCUUGGGUAGUAUCAGGACGUGUUGGUAGGUGGACUAUAUUGACCUAUGGUCUCGCAUUUCAAAUGCUUAUUUUAUUCAUUAUUGGUGGAUUGGGUUUCGUUUCUGGGGGUAGCGGUAGUAAUGGUGCCGGUGGUCUAUUGCUGGCUUUAUCAUUUUUCUAUAAUGCCGGUAUCGGAGCUGUUGUUUACUGUAUCGUUGCUGAAAUUCCCUCUGCAGAACUAAGGACUAAAACCAUUGUGUUGGCUCGUAUAUGCUACAACCUGAUGGCAGUUAUCAACGCUAUUUUAACGCCGUACAUGCUAAAUGUUAGCGACUGGAACUGGGGUGCAAAAACUGGUUUAUACUGGGGUGGCUUCACAGCCGUUACUUUGGCUUGGGUCAUCGUUGAUUUGCCGGAGACAACUGGUAGAACAUUUAGUGAAAUUAACGAACUUUUCAAUCAAGGUAUUGCUGCCAGAAAAUUUGCGUCUACUGUGGUUGACCCUUUCGGGAAGGAAAGAGCUCAAAGUGAUCUCCAAAUCGAAGAUUCUGUUAAUCAGUCCUCAAGCGUAAUGCAGGGAGGGUUAGAUGAAGUCGAUAAAUGCUAG